AUGGAUUUUCUGCAGCAGGUAAGAAGAAUCACAUCCAUCGCCAAAUUUGGAGACUUGAUCCAAUAUUCGUAUCCUAUCGGAUAUUCCCACUGGGGAGUGUAUGAUGAAGGUGGAUAUGUAAUCCAUUUUGCUGUUGCAGAUGAGGACAAUACAAAUGAGAGUAAACUGAUGAGGAGCAUACGUAUUUCCCUACAAGGAUUGUUCCCUGUAUCUGGUGACAUUCUUCUUGGGGAGACCAAGAUCCGCAGAGUGCCACUUGCUGACGUCAAGGUCCCGAAAGGAGUAAAGGUCCUGAUCAGUAACAAAGGCCAUGUCUUACCAUCAGCCUCUGAGGACAUGCGGCUAUGUUGCAAUGCCCUUCUUGAUAAGGAAUUCCCUUAUGGUAUUCUCUCUCUCAACUGUGAGCACUUUGCUAUUUUUUUACACUACGGUAAAGCUGUGUGCAACCAGGUAUGUGUUCGGCAGUUAAAUGUAGAGUGUGUGGAGGCAACUGCAAUCUUCAAAGGCAUCGUCAGCCCCAAGGUCGUCCUCCAGAGUUCCCUCACCGUGGUCUCCGGCCCUGUCUCCGUCCCUGUCUCAGGCCCCGGAGUCCCCUCGCCGUGGUCUACGCCCAUGUCUCCGCCCCCCUCAGUUCCCCAGCCAAAAGUCCUGUCCAUGCUCUGUCUCAGCCUCUGCCUUGCCCCCCGGCCGUCCGCCCGAGAUACCCUUCUCGUCCUCUGCCUUGCCCCCGGGUUGUCCGCCCGAGACAUCCUUCAUGUCCUCUGUCUUGCCCCUGGGCCACCUGCCCGCCUGCCCGAGUGGGCUGUGGGCUGGCUUUACAUUGAACUCCUGGCACGUGACACGUCCCAACCUAUCGUCUGCAAUAUACAGCCACGAGCCGAAUUCUAUUCCAAGGGACAGGUUGAUCUCGUGAUGGCUUGA